AUGGCGUUCGAGUGCCCGCCCGCGAAGCCGCGCCGCCCGGUGGCCCUGGGCCCGCUGGGGCCGGCAGAUGCUUCUGUGGCGGCGGCGGCGGCGGCGGCGGCAGGGGCGGUGGAGGGGCGGCAGCUGGGGACGACUGACUUUUGUCAGUACGCCGUCGAGCUCAACGACGUCGUCUUCUCGCUGCACGCGCUGACGAUGACGCUCAUCACCGCCCUGCAGUGCUGCAUCUACCCGCGCGGCAAGCAGCGGGUGCACCGCCUCGUAGCGCUGUUCAUUUUGGGCAGCGUCGGGUCUGCCGUCGGCUACGCGGCGGCCAUCUGGGCGGGGUGGGGGGUGGGGUGGCGGCUGCAGGAGUUUGUCAAGUGGGUGUGGUGGCUGUACUACCUGUCGUUCAUCAAGAUGAUCGUCACGGUGUCCAAGUACAUCCCGCAGGUGGUCUACAACUGCCGCCGCAAGAGCACCCAGGGGUGGUCCAUCAUGAACAUCCUGCUGGACUUCAUGGGCGGCGUCCUGUCCCUGGGCCAGCAGCUCAUAACCUGCUGGCGCGCGGGCACAUGGGCCCCCAUCACCACAAACCCCGUCAAGCUCGGUGCGCUGGUUUUCUCGCGCUUUGGCCCGUAG